AUAAAAUUGUUUCAGGUCAGUCGCGAGCGAGCGAGCAGGAGGCUGUUCGGCAGCAGGCGGCUUUUCGGCUGCAGGAGUGGAGCAAUGCCUAAAUCAAAGGAACUUGUUUCUUCAAGCUCAUCUGGCAGUGAUUCUGAUAGUGAAGUCGACAAAAAGUUAAAGAGGAAAAAGCAAGUUGCUCCAGAAAAACCUGUAAAGAAACAAAAGACUGGUGAAACUUCGAGAGCCCUGUCAUCCUCCAGGCAGAGCAGCAGCAGCAGGGAUGAUAACAUGUUUCAGAUUGGGAAAAUGAGGUACGUCAGUGUUCGGGACUUUAAAGGCAAAGUUCUAAUUGAUAUUAGAGAAUAUUGGAUGGAUCAGGAAGGUGAAAUGAAACCAGGAAGAAAAGGUAUUUCUUUAAAUCCCGAGCAGUGGAGCCAGCUGAAGGAACAGAUUUCUGACAUUGAUGAUGCAGUAAGAAAACUGUAAAAUCAGAGCCAUAUAAAACCUGUACUGUUGUAGUUGUUUCAGUCUGUCUUUUUACAUUGGCUUUUCUUUUCUAACCGUUGUUUUCCAAGCUAUUGUAUAUUUGGAUUGCAGAACAAUUUGUAAGAUGAAUACUUUUUUUUAAUGUGCAUUAUUAAAAUGUUCUGAGUGAA